GGCGUUAAAUAUUAUUCAUGAGUCCUGCUGAUCUGUUUUAGGCGCUUUUUUCUUUCACUUGCGAUUUAAGUGAAGCAGGAAUAUUUCGAUUUUCGUAUUUCACCGGAAAUGUCAGGAAAAAAUUAAUGAAAGGGUCAAUAUGACCUGAUUAAUGGUUCGCGAAUUGUUUAUUUUGAAAAGAACUUGCCAUUUUCGAGAUGCCUGCCUUGGUGGCUUUUAAUCGCCGAUGGCGUAUUGGCAGCGAUGACUUGUUUUUCCCAGCAGCGGUAGGAGUUAUAGUUAGACUAGUUUGGUUGGCUGUAAUAUCUAUGACAUACAGCUUUGAGAAUGAUGAGAUUAAAAAGUGUGAUGCUCGGCUUGAACUGCGGUUAUUUUUUAUUGGAGUAAUUGUUCUAACCAGCCUGGUGAUUAUCAAUGAAAUUGCCAUCAUAUACAUCAGUAUACAGGGAACUGUGAUGAACUCCAGACCACGGCAGUUAAUGCCAGUAUUACUUUAUAUCCAACUUGGACUUUAUCUGCCAGAGCUGCUGUGGACAAUUCUUGGGACCUACUGGGCAGUAAAGAAUGGCUCUAGUUGUCAGCCAAGCUUGGUUAUUGCUGUGUGUGUUUCAGUGACUCUAGAAUGGCUGAUCUUACUUGUUGUUUUUAUUGGUGUUUUGGUGUUGUUUGAUCCACUGGGAACAAUUCACAAGGAUCCAUUUGGAAGGGAGUUUUCACCUGUCAUGCAAGAAUCAACAAAAGAGCUUUGGGAGAAGAGAUGUCGUUGGUUGUGUUGCUUCUUUACUGGCAGAGAUGAUCAGUACCUCAGUGCAGUGUCAGACAUUGCAGAUAUUUUAGCCUCCGGAUUGCAUGGGGUGGACAUUGUUGCUUCUGAUGUUGCUGUUGGGCUCAUUCUUCUUCAAGAAGAACAAGAUCAUGAGCAGAUGGAAAGAAAGAUGAAGGGAGAAAAUCUUCAGAAAGGGACUCCUGUAAAUCUUAGUGAUCCUAAAGAGAAAUCCCUGGUACAGGAUGCCACUCAUUUCAUGCAGUUUGCCCUUGGUUCCUAUGGUUGGCCUCUGUACGUGUUUAUGAAUCCCUGUGUUGGGCCUGGUAACCUUUGUAGUGGAAUAAGGUGUUUUGGGGGUUGCCGUCCAGUGGGAGAGCACAUUUUUGAAGACAACUGCUGUUAUUGUAACUCUGCUGGGCUAAAACUUCAAGCUCAUUUAGAGGAUGUCGAUUUGGUAUAUUGUUCUUACCACAACAAGGAUGCUUUGACUGACCUGACUGGGCAGCAAGAAGAACUUAGCAUUGAAGGAACUGAAAUUACUUGUUAUGCGCAUAAGGGUAUUUUGCUUUGUGCACGCUAUGUCAAGUCAAAGCUAGAAAAGGAGGAACUACUUGAGCGUGCUUUCUCGAGAGCUGGCCAGAAUUAUCGUCUCGUAAUCGUUGGUCAUUCUCUCGGGGCUGGAACUGCCUCGUUGUUGUCCGUUCUUCUCAAACCAACUUACCCAGAAUUGAUUUGUUUCGCUUACUCCAAUCCCAGCGUGCUCAGUGCUCCAGCCACUCCAUUUUGUGAAGAAUUUAUCAUUUCCGUUGUUCUCGGAAAGGACGUCGUUCCUAGAAUGGGAGUUAAAAGCGGGGAUGAGCUCCGUCAAGAUCUAGUGGCUGUUAUUUGUAAAUGCUCCCUCCCUAAGUACCGUGUUCUUAUGAACGGCUGUUGGCAGGCGCUGUGUUUCUUUCUGGGUCCCAGUCUCAGAGCUGGACAAGGUGAAGAUCGGCAUUUUUUUACUCGCACUCGCCAGUACAGAUCAACUUCUAACCAUCAUUCGUGGGAAUCUAACUUGACCCAACCUCUUCUAGAAGGCUUGCAAGACGAUACUUUAGUUCUGACCCCCGGAGAGCCGUCCACUGGAUACUUUACUGAAGGCGAACUGGAAUCGGCCCCGACAUCAUCCUUGACACCAGUCUCCGCUGAACAGUUAUUCCCAGCCGGAAAGAUAUUACAGAUCGACGAGAGGCCGUCUGUCAGGUUGGAAAGCCCGCAGUUUGACGUCAUGUGGGCAGACAAAGAGAACUACGUCAAGCUUGUCAUCCAUCCCAGCAUGCUGAGCGAUCACAUGCCUGAUCGUGUUAUGAAGGCACUAGGCGGGAUAUUGACACAAGAUACCAUCGUUCAAGAAGUUUAAUGGAAUGAGUGUUCAUUACUACUUUUAUGGGGAAUUACUGACAUCACAACUGUGUUUGGUGUUGUAGAAGAUUAGCAUAAUUGCUGAAUGUUCAAGUUUGUAUCGCGGUGUGAAGUUAAUAUCAAUUGAGGAGAUACUAUCAAGUCUUUGGGUUUUGUAAUUUGUAAAGUUAGCUGGGAUGAGAAACAAAGCGAGUUAUCUUAUGAAUGUAAAAGGCAGAAUGAGGAUUCUCCUACUUGUGUCACUACCAUAUCUUACAAGAGGAGAUGUAGGCUAUGAGAUGCCACUCCUUUUUUGUGAAGUCCGUCGCGCAAUAAGACCUCUCUGAAAAGGAGGGACAGUUCUUGGUCUCAUUGUAGCGUUUUUUUUUAUUUAUGAAAAUAGACCUCUUCAGGAAAGCAAAUGUAUAUUAAGAAAGAGAGACUUCGUCUCAAUACAGGCUUUCUGCCGAGUAAUAUAUAUUUUAUAAGGUAAAAAUAAUUUCUAGAGUGGAACGGCCUCGCAAAUUAUAUGUCAAAAACAAGAAAGCUUACUUCUUUAACAAGAAGUGACGAUAUUUGACCCAGUCGUAGUGAAAUGAACUUUAGUCUUUCAAUAGUAUUAAGGUCCUGCGAAUUUGAAGAAAAUGUAUUACUAUUAUGGUGAUCAAUUUUGCGUCAUUUAAUGCAAUGAGGAAACUGGGUUACAAAAACUGAUAAGGGUGUCAUUGUCACUUCAACCAAUCACGAGCUAGGCUGCAACUCAACGCACGCGCGUUUCUCGCGCUUUUCAUUCGAAGAACUGUUUCCCGCCCUGCCGUGUUCUACUCACGUUGAUGUGACUUGAGUUUUUUACAGUGGGUUUUGAUUGCGUUUUUUUUUUGUUAGUAAAAAUAAACUGCUUGAAUUUCAUAGGUUACUAUGAGUU